GUCGCGGCCGCGCCACCGCAAGCACAGCCUGCAGCCAUGGACAACGCCGACGCGCUCACAGAGGCGAGCCCCCUGUCCGCCGACAAGCAACCGCGCCCUCGGCCGUCCAGCCAGUUCGCCAUGCCGCCCCGGGCGCUCCGCAGCCACAUCAUCGCCUUUCUCAAGAGCAACCUGCUCACCAUCUUCACCGUCAUCGGCGUCUUCUCGGGCGUCGCCUUCGGCGUCAUCCUCAGGCAUUCCCGCUCCGAGAAAUGGACUCCCAGGGAGAUCAUGUACGUCUCCUUCGUGGGAGACAUCUUCCUGCAGAUGCUGAAGUCGCUCAUCCUGCCGCUCAUCAUGUCGUCCAUCAUCACCGCCAUCGGGACGCUGGAUCUCAGCCUGUCGGGCAAGAUAGGCGCGCGUGCCAUCGCCUACUACUUCACGACGACCGUAUCGGCUGUGAUCCUCGGCAUGAUUCUGUCGUCCGCCAUCCACCCGGGCAGGGGCGACACGUCUGAGAUCGCGCGCUCUGGCAGCUCCCGCAACGUCACCACCGUCGACACCCUCAUGGAUCUCAUAAGAAACAUGUUCCCUCCAAAUCUGGUGCAGGCAGCUAUUGCACAGACGCAAACAGCUCUCAUCCCUCCCACUGAAGAAGAACUUGCCAUUGCAGCCAGUUCAGGUCGAAACUUGACGUUGUAUGACUGGAAAAUAACAAAGAAGUCUGAAGAACAACCAAAUCUUAUGGGUCUCGUUGUGUUCUCUGUUGUUAUGGGAAUAACUCUUAGCAGGAUGGGCGACUCAGGAAAACCCCUUCUUGACUUCUUCUGUUCCUUGGGGGCUGCCAUGAUGAUCAUAACAAACUGGGUUAUCUGGAUCUCACCGAUUGGUGUAUUUUUCUUGAUUGCUGGAAAACUAUUGGAAAUGGAAAGCUUUGAAGUUAUUGUUGGGCAGUUGGGAAUGUACUUCAUGACUGUCAUGCUUGGGCUGUUUAUCCAUGGUUUCAUUAUCUUGCCAAUUUACUACACUAUUGCUACUAGGAAGCUGCCUUUCCGAUUUAUUGCAAACCUUAGCCAGGCAUUGUUCACCGCAUUUGGUACUGCUUCAAGCAAUGCAACGCUUCCUGUAUCCAUGCGGUUACUGGAGACGAAGAACGAUGUUGAUACUAGAGUGUCUCGUUUCGUUAUGCCGAUUGGAGCAACAAUAAACAUGGAUGGAACGGCCCUUUAUGAAGCAGUUGCUGCCAUUUUUAUUUCGCAAGUUCGAAACGUUGGACUCAGUCUUGGCCAGCUAAUUGCAGUGAGCAUAACAGCAACAGCAGCUAGUAUUGGUGCAGCAGGAAUUCCACAAGCUGGUCUGGUUACUAUGGUAAUGGUUCUUGACACAGUUGGUUUACCUCCAGAAGAUGUGACACUUAUCAUAGCUGUCGACUGGCUGCUGGAUCGCUUCCGUACAACCAUAAAUGUUUUGGGAGAUUCACUUGGAGCUGGAAUUGUGAACCACUUGAGCAAAAGGGAACUUGAGAAAAUGGCAAUGCCAGCAAUACUUGAUGCUGACAAACUUGAUUCACAGAAUGGAAAAAUCAGCCCAGAAGAGGUUGAGUGGCAUACAACAGCCAUGUGAUAGACUAUAACUAGAUAACUUGAAUAUUUCAACCAGUCUUCCUUCAUUCAUCAUUAAAUAUUUCUUUAUUUACAUUGGUUACUUACUCAUUAAUUUAUUAUCAGCAGAUCAGUAUUAUUAUUGAUUCAUUAUGAGCUCUUUCAAUAACUUACAGAUCUGUUGAUAGGAGAGUGUUAACUUUCUAAUUCAUCUUUAUUUUUACACAACCACACAAUAAGUUCAAAUUUGAAACUUCAUAUUUGUUCUCCCCAGCUAUGAGCUAUGUUCAUUACACAGAUACUGUUGCAAUAUAUUUAAAUGGACAAAAUUAAAGUUGAUACUAAAACAGAAAUUAUGUGGAAACACUUCACUAUAUUCAUAACUGGAUUAUUUCAGUUUCCUGGACAAAAUUGCAGUAUGUCCAGCAUUUCCUUCUCUUAUAUAGCGAUCUAAGUGUGCCUUAAACUGUAUCUGAUUUUAAGAUUUUUGUCCUAAUAGUUGAACAGGGCUUAAACAGCCAUGGUAUCCUGUACAAUUACUAUCAUUCCAUGCUUGUGCUGUUAGAUUUUUAAUUCCCUUUCACAAACACAAUUUUUCAUAUACUUGUAUUUUUCUUGUCUUUCUUUUGGAAACUACAUUAAUAUAGGGCAUGCUCCUCGAGUAAUAAUGGUAAUUAAAAAUAAUAUUAGAAUGAAGUUGUUGUUCUGUGAAAAUUAACAGGGUACAUAGGUGAUAAAUUAUUAGCAGUAGAAAGUUUUUGGCAUAAUUGCAGCUACAAUAUAAUACACAUUAUUAUGUAGUAUGUCAUCCAAACAGUAUGAUAAAUAUGGUAUCUGUAAAAUUACUUCAUUCAGAUAGAAAGAAGAAUGUAAAGUGGUACUUGCUCCAGAUCUCAGUCAUUAAAUCAAAAAUUUUUUAUUUGCACUUUAUGCUUCAUUACCAUAUCACCUUACUGGUAAAAUAGAUGGCUAUGAGCAACUGCACACACUUUGUUACUCAUUAUAUUUACUGAGGAUACUGAAAGUGAUUGCAGUAAAAGGUUUUGCGAAUACCAGUCACAGUAAUGUAUGGUGAAAUUAAAGAAUUUUCAUUAAGUUCAAAUCACUUUUAUCAUAAAUAGCAAACAAGUAGUUUCAUAAUAAUGUAAAUUUCUUUUCUAUCUUUGUAAUGCUUGUAAGUGAAUCAGAAUUGCCUGCCUUUCAGGGUGAAAAAUAAUGUCACAAGAAGCCAUGAGAGAUGAACAAACUCUCAGCAGAGUCAACUUGUGACACCAGUAACUUCUGUUCACCAAAGGAAAAGACGUUUUCUGUGUAUAAGCUCUGAAAUGAGGAAAAAGGAGAAAAUAAGUUAUUUGUCAAUGGACAUCUAUGUUACAAAAGCAUUACUUUAAUAUAUAUUUGAAAGCCAGUAAUUUUUUGUGGAAUGUUUGCUUGUAUCUUGUACUGCUGAGCAAAUUCCAAACUGAUGACACAUUGAUGUAUUAUACACUUCAAGUUCAUAAUACCAGGGAAUAGCAUUUAUGUCUCAGAUAAUGUAUAGUGACUAUAUAAUGAGGAUUUAAAUUGUAGUUUUCUUAUGGAGUCAGCUUUUGCUCUUGUAAUUCACUUAAAUGUAACAGUUAUGUAAAUAAGUGUGUUUCUUAGCUUGAGUAAAUUGGGAAGACUAAAGCUUUAAACAUCACGCGUCUUGAACAUAUUCACAAAUGUAACAUCAGUAGCAACUAUGGACUUCUUAGCAAGGCCUCAUACCAUGUAUGUUGUUUCUUUUAUUGUGACAUGUGAGAUUUUAUUAAUAAAUUCCCAUUUUUGUAUGGAAGUUAACUUUUUUAAAUAAAUAUGUAUUUGUGUUUAUA